AUGCGCAAUUUGGAAGAGCGUUACUUUGAUCCUAUGCAGUUAGGACCCCAAAACAUACCUUCCUUACAGGAGUGCUGCUUAUCAAACUACCUCAUGAGUGGGAAUAUGCAGAGGAUACUAAAAGAAGACAUGAAGAUUAAUGACCUUAAUUUCAUAAAUGCUUUGUACUUGUUUUCUCUACUUAGUGACAGUCCUAAUGCUGUUCAUGAAGUGGAAAAGUGGUUGCCGCGACUGCAUUCAGUUGUCAUAGGACCUGGUUUAGGUAGAGAUGACGUACUGCUUGAGAAUGCUAAGGGUAUUAUAGAAAAAGCCAAGGUCAAAGGAAUUCCAAUUGUCAUUGAUGCUGAUGGAUUGUGGCUCAUUUCCCAACAGCCCUCUCUUAUUCAGGGUUACCAGCGAGCGAUUCUUACUCCAAACUAUAUGGAGUUUAGCAGACUUUAUGAAGCUAUGCUUAGAGAUCCUGUGGAUAGCAAUGAUCACCAUGGAUGUGUGUUACGGCUCAGUCAAGCUAUGGGAAAUUUGACAGUUGUUCAGAAAGGAGAAAGAGAUCUUAUUUCAGAUGGAGAAAAAGCCUGGUCUACAGUUGUUGACUUCCUGCUCUGCAAAGAUGUGCCCCACCAUUCUGUUGUACUUGUGUGCAGUCAUGAAGGAAGCAGCCGAAGAUGUGGUGGACAAGGGGACCUUCUUUCAGGUUCUCUUGGAGUCUUGGCACACUGGGCAUUUCUUGCUGGACCAGAAAAAACUAAUGGUCAAAAUCCUUUUCUAGUGGCUGCAUUUGGUGCUUGUUCUCUUACAAGGCAAUGUAACAACCAGGCCUUUCAAAAAUAUGGACGUUCAAUGACUACAUCUGAUAUGGUUUCAGAAGUUGGAACAGCUUUUAACAAACUUUUUGAAACCUGAAGCCAAAGCAGCAGAGUGGAAGGAAAGGAAGAACAAUGGCUACAACAGUAAUUACAUUUACAGUAGAAUAUACAUAAGUAAUACCCCCUUUCAAGUGCUGUAGCAGCAUUGGUAUCCUAGGUAGAUUUUUUUUUUUUUAAAUAGAAAAAAUGAUUAAUGUAGAUAGUUUUUUAAGAGUUUGGAAUACAAAAAAUGUUUUGGCUGAAAUAUGCUGUAGUUGCAGAUCUGUUAUAUAAUAUAAUAAAACUAAGUGAAAGUAUUCCUCUGUUCUUUUUUCAUAGUUACUGAGCAAUAACUAAAGCGUGUGUGAACUGCAAAAAUGCACUUGAUACUUAAGAAGAAAGUAAAAUUCUUCCACCAGCUGAACGGAAUUCCUUGGCUUGCACCAAGGUUGUCAUGAUUUUGUUAUUAGACUCUGUAUCUAGAAUUAGCUACUGCACUUCAUUUUUCAUUAAUCUUUUUGCCUCUUUGGAAGGGGAAAGCUUGGGAGUUGCUUUCAAUUUUGAAUGUAAUUGGUUGCCUUUGCCCAUUCUUAGACACUGAGGCAGCAAUAUCUGAUUUUGAAAUUCUUGCUCUUCAUUUUUCAGAGGCUCUCGUUUUAAAAAGCUGCGGGGGGGCGGGGGGACCCCCUUAAAGUAAGGAUUUACUCUAGAAGUGUUGGCAUGAAAGGUAGGAAUUAUUUUUAGCUGAAAUAAUUUACUGUAUAUUCCAUCUACUGCUCUAGACUAAAACUGAAUAUGGAACACAAUGUGAAAUGUUAUCAUCUGAAGAAAAGGUACUAGGUGUGGUGAGGAACUAAUGAUAUUUAAAUGGUCAAAAAUGUCAGUGGUGGUAGAAGGUUGAGUGCUUUUAUGCCAGCUCAGAACAAGUUAUAACUCAAACUGCUGGAGUAGAGCUCUGAGCGCAUUACUAUAUGUAUGCAUAUGUGGCUAUUUAUUGCCAUCAUAAAUAAUAAUUGAGGAGCCAGAAAGCUGCACUUAAUUAUACGACGUUAGUGCCAUGCAGGCAGUCAAAUACAAUUAGUCCACUAGGAGACUGUACUGGGCCCAGAGGAUAGAAAAAUAGCGGCGGGGGCGGGGGGGGUCAAGCCUUGGCAGUAGCAAGGUUUUUAAAGGCUUUUGCUGGAUUAUCAUUUAACAGAGGCAGCACUUUAGUGUCAAGGAGGACAGGUCAGCAGUUCCACGUGUGUCUUGCUGGUUGAGUAGAUGGCAGGCAGGAAGAAAUCAGAAGUUGAGAGAUUUGUGCAGUCUGGUUUUCUUAAACUUCUGGACAUACGGUUGAAUACUAGGGUAAAACUAAUUUAUGGGGUGGGGGGGUCAGAAGUACAUUUCUUGAAGUUUCAGUAAGUACCAAUGUACUGCCCUAUGGUUUAGCCUGCAAUCUAGCUCAGUGUGCAUAUUCAUUAGAGCAUAGGGACUUAUUUUGUAAACUAGCUACUAUGGUGAUUAUUAGAUGUUACAUAUUCAUUUAAACCAUUUUUCCAGUGGCCUAUUUCUAGAAUGGAGUUUAGUACCCUAUGUAUUAGUCAGAUUGCACUUUCACAUCUUGUAAUAACUUCCUUCAGUGAACACAUUUAAUCAGAAAGGCUGUUCUGAGUAGCCCUGGCCCUUAUCAGUCAUAUUUUUGGAUGCACUGUGACUACUACCUCACCCCCAAUGCAUUUUUGCUUUUCUUCCUAAACUGGUAACCUAUUUUUAAAAUAGGUUUUUAUAAGUUUGCUCAUUUUAUUCUGUUGGGGUUCUAAAGACUUUUAAAAUUAGAGCAGUUGUUUACUCCUACGAAAAAACUUCAGUGUUUUACCAAAGCACUGGUUUGUAAACUGUCUGCUUUCCUGGGGAACAGAAACUAUUGUUUUCUCCCCUUGGAAUGACUUUUGAACGCUAAUUCCUAAAAUCAAACAGUUAAACAGUUUUAGAACAGUUGUUGAAUUGAUUUUAAAAUGAGGUUUUUGUAUUUGGUAUGUAAGAAGUAUUAUUUCUAAAUUACAUUUGUAGGUAAAGCCAAAUCAAAUAAGACCUUGUGGGUUUUUUUGUUUUUUUUUUUUUAACAAAAUUGCUUGAUAUCAGAGGUCAGUAUAAAUUUCAAUUUGCCUUUGUUUGAACUAUACACAAAAGUAGCUUUGUUAUUCACCAUUGUAUACAAAUUGUUACAAGUUAAUUUUAAAAGAUUCUGGAAAUGUAGCAAGUUUCUUUCCAUAGGAAAUAAAACUAUAGCAAA